CUUCAAGUUACUUGUAUGGCAUACAUAUUUUAUCUUUUUUGGUCCAAUAAACUGUUCUGGUAUCUUUACACUUUACUCCUCAGUCAAGAAGGAUCCAGGUUGAGGCCUUUGAGAAUUGCUGUUUUGGCAUGUCACCAAAAGUAGGUUGAAUCAGCUGCAUUAAAAGUGCUUAAUUGGUGAUAAAAUUUCUCUUUACUUGGUCAUGGCUGAGGAUAAUAAUCUACCUCUCCAGGAAAGGAAGUGGAAAUUCCCACUCUUUGUUUUCUUCAGCGAUGCUAGAUCUGUUUUCAAGUUGGAUGCACUUGGGCUGGAGAUAAUGAAGAUUGCUUUCCCUGCAGCCCUUGCCUUAGCUGCUGAUCCAAUUGCUUCUCUAAUUGACACAGCAUUUGUUGGCCGUCUAGGUCCGGUGCAGCUUGCUGCAGUAGGAGUUUCCAUUGCUAUUUUCAAUCAAGCUUCAAAAAUAACCAUAUUUCCACUUGUUAGUAUUACCACCUCUUUUGUUGCUGAAGAAGAUACUGUUGGGCGGAUAAGGGAUGGAGCUUCCAAAGAAGAGAAUGUGGGAAAGACUUCAGCCCAAAACAAUGAGAUGAAACAAUUGAUACUGGAAGAUGAUGUGCUUGAGAACUUGGAAAAGGGUUCAACCUCAGCAAGUGAGAUGAAACAAUUGAUGCUGGAAGAUGAUGUGCUUGAGAACUUGGAAAAGGGUUCAACCUCAGAGAGUGGAACAAAAGAGUCGAUGCCAGAAGAAGAUUUUAAAACAGCUGCGUGCAAGUCUCCAACUGUUACCAGUUACUGUCCUAGUGCAACCAAGUUGAAAAAUGAGAAGCGCCAUAUUGCUUCAGCAUCAACUGCACUUCUUUUGGGUGGUGUACUUGGCCUUCUUCAGACCAUAUUCCUUAUAUGUCUAGUGAAACCACUUUUGAGUUUCAUGGGAGUAAAAUCUGGCUCUCCCAUGCUAAUCCCAGCACAAAAAUAUUUAACUUUAAGAUCACUCGGUGCUCCUGCUGUUCUUCUCUCUCUGGCUAUGCAAGGGGUCUUUCGAGGAUUCAAGGAUACCAAAACCCCUUUAUAUGCCACAGUUGCUGGAGAUGUUAUGAAUAUAAUACUGGAUCCUAUUCUUAUCUUUGCUUGCCGUUUGGGUGUUACUGGUGCAGCCAUUGCACACGUUCUUUCUCAAUACUUAAUUUCACUGAUCCUCUUGUGUAAACUAAUGAAAAAAGUGGAUAUCUUACCUCCAAGUCUCAAAGAUUUGCAACUCAGUCGGUUUCUUAAGAAUGGGUUUUUAUUAUUGGCAAGGGUAGUAGCUGUGACUUUCUGUGUAACCUUGGCAGCAUCAAUGGCUGCAAGGCUGGGUUCUACACCUAUGGCUGCAUUUCAGAUUUGCUUACAGGUCUGGAUGACAUCGUCCCUUCUUGCUGAUGGUUUGGCUGUUGCUGGACAGGCUAUCCUUGCUUGUGCAUUUGCUGAGAAGGACUAUAAGAAAGCAACGGCUGCGGCAGCUCGAGUACUACAGAUGGGAUUUGUACUAGGCCUGGGCCUCGCAGUAGUAGUUGGACUCGGCUUGCGCUUCGGAUCUGGAAUAUUUUCAAAUGACAAAAACGUUAUACUCCUCAUCGGCAUUGGCAUUCCGUUCGUUGCUGCUACACAACCAAUCAACACAUUGGCCUUUGUCUUUGAUGGAGUGAACUUUGGAGCAUCCGAUUUCGCAUAUUCUGCAUAUUCCAUGGUUCUAGUGGCUGGAGUAAGCAUCGCAUCAUUGUUCCUUCUCUCCAGGAGCCAUGGUUAUGUUGGGAUUUGGAUCGCUUUAGUCAUUUACAUGGGUCUACGUGCACUUGCUGGGGUUUGGAGGAUGGGGACUGGAACGGGGCCGUGGCGCUUUCUCAGGCGAGGCCAGUCCGACACUGUGAAGUUAUAAAUAUAUUAUAUAUGUUUAUGAUUGGCUUACGUUGUUUUGUCCAUGUAUUUUGCUUUCCCUAGUGUUGGGUUCAGAUGUUUUGUACUGGAACAGCAUUUUUGGGUGUUCUUUUAUUACUUGGUUAUGCCCUUAUAUUAGCAUCUGUAUUAAAUAAUAAUAGUUACUGCGAGUGUUGAGAUUUAAAA